AUGGACCCUAGCCCUGAACAACCCCAUAACGCAACCCUCGCGCACGUGAGCAGCCCUGACGGCGGCAAUGAGCAUAUGCAUCAACUUGUGGAUGAACCAUUAACACAAGUGUUUGAUAGAGUUAAGACACAUUUUCCCCCUGCUAAGAUUAAGAAGAUCAUGCAGACUGAUGAAGAUAUCGGUAAAGUAUCACAAGCUACGCCUGUGCUGGCGGGUAAAGCGCUUGAAUGUUUUAUAGCUUUAUUGGUACAACGUAGCUGUGCUGCUGCCGGUGAAGCAGGUGCUCGUCGUGUUAGUGGCGAGAUAUUACGUGAUACGAUUUUGCAUGAUGAACAGUUUGAUUUCUUACGUGAUACUGUUUGUGGAGGACAAGCGCGUGAUGUGGCGGAUGAUUCUUCGACUGUAUAA